AAGAGUCACUUCACAUCUCAAGAGGAAACACAUGAAGUUAUUGAAGUACAGAAUGAAUCCACAUUAAGAACGUGCAAAGAAGAUAAGAAUAUCGGCCAGGAAACACAUAAAGUUAUUGAAGUGCAGAAUGAAUCCACAUUAAGAACAUGCGAGGAAGAUGGGAAUAUCAGCCAGGAAACACAUAAAGCUAUUGAAGUACAGAAUGAAUCUACAUUAAGAACGUGCGAGGAAGAUGAGAACGUCGGCCAACCGGCAAAAAGAGUAUAUUCUAAAAAUUCAAGAGCUACAAUCUGGAGGCGAAAUAAAAAGAAAAAACAGGAAGAAAAUGAGAAAAAAAAUAGAAAUAAAAAUAAUGGUAUAUCAUUUGCCACUGAAGCAUCGAGUAAUAUGUUACUCAAUACUGAAGCAUUGAGUAACAUGUCACUCAAUGCUGAAACGUCGAAUAACAUGUUACUCGAUGAUAAAAUAUUGAAUGACAUAUUACUUGAUGCUUCAGCAUCAAGUAAUAUAUCAUUAUCACAAUCAUCCUGUGAGGCUCCACAAAUUUCUUCAUCAUCC